UAGUGAUUAAUAGCCCAAAAAUAUGUGUUAAUUUGUUGUUUGUUAGAUAAAAUGGUCCUUUUUGAUUCGAAAUCAGAAUUUUUCUUGACUUCUGUGAAAUGAUAAAACUCAAAAACGCAACACAGUUGUGGAAAUAUUCGAUAUGUACUCCAAAAUGAAUAAUUUGGACUAAUAAGUUCAAAAAUAAAAAUUGGUAGCCAGCAACUAGAAAAGACAAAAUUUGCUUCAGAACAUAGUACUAAAAGUGCUUGUAUUGAAGAUGAUUAUCUCCCCUGAUUGAACUCUUCGCCUAGAGAUAAACUAAAUGCACAGGAAGUUGACAAGAUUGUCAUUGUCAACAAGCAGACAAGCAGACGGUUUUGUUUUUCACACUCUGAAGCAAUGAUAAUGUGGAACAGGAGGAGGAAUCGUUAUUAAACAUGACAGAAAACAAUGCCUGCGAGUCACAAUUUGUUUGCAGUUUUGUUAAUUCAACAGUACAGCAGUGUGGCUUAAUUGAAUAUAAAAAGACCUGGCCAAGUCGAAUUCUUCCACUAACUUGUUGUAAAGAUUCAGUGGACUCGCAUCUUUACAAAUAUUCAAUAAGUCGUAGGAGUAUUGACAGUGAAAGUUCAUUAUUGAAGAUAAGAGCUGGUCUUUUUGAGGAAGAUGAUGAUACGCUAACUAUAUGCCCGAAACACAGGUUUGCUCUUGGUGUUGGUUGGAGACCAAGUACACUAUGUUCCAUAGGAUGGAAAUGUACAAACAGUAAGAGCAACUUGAAAGGCACUAUCACAAAGGAGCAGUCUAUUUUUCUCAAGAAAUAUCAUCAUGUCCUACUUGGAAUUGGAUCAGGGGUGUGUUCAAGAUGCAGAAAAGAACUUGUUCAAAGAAUGGCAGACAAGGAAAACAGAGUUGAACCAAAUCCUUCAAGUAGCAUGAAUAGUAAUUGCAAUGUUGAAGCUUCUGAGUCUACAAAUGCUGAAUUUAUAAUGGAAGAAACAAAAGAAGAGAUUUCACAAAUUGAUGGUUAUGGUGAAGUCACACAAUGCAAACAGACAGUACAGGGUGCAAAGAAAGCUGCAUUUUUACAGAUUGAUGAGGAAAAUUUGCAAACAGACUGCCUUAGCAUGGACAGCAUGGACGACUGCAUAUCAGAAUCUGUGUAUUCACAGUCAUCUCAAUAUUCAGAGUGGCAAGAUUCACAGGAAAGUCCAUCAAGAAAAAGGAAAAUGUCACUGAAUUCUUUUCUGGAAACAGUAGAUAUAAGUCCUGUGAAAAAAACGUUAACUGUUGACUUUGAUCUUGCAUCUGAGAGGACAAAAAAUGAUUAUGUCGGGAAAGCAAAAAGAAUAAUGCACAGUGUACUUGGUAUAUUGGUUCCACAACAGGAAUCACUAUUUGAGGAGGUUCUAUAUGAAUCUAAUGCAUACAAAGAUCAGACUCUUGAGUCAUUUUCAAAAGCAUAUAGCAGUAUGUCAAGUUGGGGAACACAGAGACAAAUUCUCUCUCUUCUAGUACAAGAUUACAGUUACAAUCAACUCAAAGACUAUAUUCCAGAUUUGUCAAGAUACAAAUUUUCAUCUGCUCGUAAACAUGCUGAGGUUGUUGGUGUUGGCAAGCCAGUUUUACAGAAAAAACAAUUUAGAGAAAAGGCUACUAUUCAACAGAUAGAAAACUUUUUAGAGUUCAUACUUUCACCAGCUAUAAUGACUGAUUCACCAUUUGGAGAAUGCACUUAUAAAAUCUCAUCUGGUAUUACACUCAAAGUUCCUAAGAUUAUUCUAAAUAGUGUACGUACAAGAACAGUAACACUGUAUUUAAAGUAUUGUGAAGAAACCCAGAACGCUGAUAUUCUAUCUGAAAGGACUUACAUGAGACUGCUUGAAGCCAUUGAGCCUAAUGUGAGAAAGUCCAUGAAAGGUUUAGACAAUUUUGCUGCUGAUGGUAGCCAGGCUUUCGAUAACCUGAAAAGUGUGGUAAUGACAUUAGGAAAAGGAGGUAAAGGACAAGAAUGGGCAGAAAAGAUCAGCAAGCAGCUCAUGGAAGGGAAGCAGUAUUUAAAACUGCACUACAAGUUACAUGUUAGUUUGGACUCAGAAGUUCCUGAUCAUUGUGGCAGAUUUGGCCUGUCAUCUGAAGAAAACAGUUUCUGUAGUAAAUGUACACAUACCCAUCAUCUUUCUUGUAAUGACUGUGAAGCUCUGACCACAACUUUGAAAUUGAUAGAGGAUGCUGCAGAUAGCAUAACAUAUACAAACCAAGAACAACAAGAUGACACAAAAUACAUUAUUGUACAGGGUAUUAAAACAAUUAUAGAGUGGAAGAAACACAUUGUGAGAUCUGUCAACCAAGACAGGGCAAGGGGGAAAGUUUUAGACACAUUGCAACCAAAUGAAGCUUUAAUUGAAAGAGACUGGGCAAUGAAAUUUCUUCCAUUACAGUAUAGAGAAUCUCAGUCUAAUUGGUUUGCCAAACGUGGUCUUUCCUGGCAUGUCAGUGUCAUAACAUUCCAAGAAAAAGAAGGAAAAAACAGUUUGACAGUUCUGCACAUCUUUGAUACUGCUACGCAAGAUGCUGUCACUUCUAAUGCUAUAUUGAAAGACCUACUACACCAUGUCAAUUCCACUAACAACAACGUUGACACUCUGUAUUUAAGAUCGGACAAUGCUGGAUGUUACCAUUCAUCAUAUGGCAUAUUGUCAGUCACUGCUCUGAAUGACAAUCCGUACAAUAUAAAAGUAAAUAGGAUGGACUUUUCUGAUCCACAAGGUGGAAAGUCAAUUUGUGACAGAAAGGCUGCCCAUGUCAAAGCAUGCAUAAGAAGAUAUGUAAAUGAAGGCAAUAAUGUAAUAACAGCUAUAGAAUUCAAGUCAGCUGUAGAAAAAACAAUGAAAAAUGUUAAAGUAGUUGUUGCAUUGCCACCUAGUCCCAUCAAAAGUUUAAAAACAUCCAAGAUUGAAAAUAUAAGUUUUAUGUACAAUUUUUUCUUUUCAAACAAUGAAAUUACAGCUUGGAAGCAAUUUGAAAUUGGCAUUGGCAAAUUUUUCUCUUCCAAAUCUUUAAAUGAAAUUCCAUCUAUUGUUAAAAAAUGUGAAAGUACUGUGAUAUGGAGAAUCAUUGCUCAAUCAUCCUUGAAUACAAGCAUUCCAGUACCUGUAACUAGAAAUGAAGAGCUCGAAGAAGAAGACAACAUUUGUAGUAAUGUAUUUACAUGUCCUGAAGACGGUUGCAUUGCAACAUUUUUGAAAUAUGGACAAUUAUGUAACCACCUCGACAGAGGUAAACAUACCUUCCCUAAGAAUAAUUUGAAUAUAAAGGAGCGUACACAAAUCACACAUGCUUCUUUAAUGGAAAGCAAAAGUUCUGCUGAAAAAGUACUUCAUUCUGGUACAACACAUGCAUUACAAGCAGAAUCUACAUUAAAGAAAGGAUGGGCAUUAAAGAAUAAGCGAGAGGUAAAGAGAUUUUCAAAAGAGCAAAUAGAAUACAUGACAGAGAAAUUUCAGUUUGGUGAAUCUACUGGAUAUAAGUGUGACCCAGAUGAUGUGGCAAAAGAGAUGAGACAUGUAAAGAACAGUAAGGGCAUCCGGAAAUUUCAACUUGAACACUUUCUUUCUCCUUCUCAAAUUGCUAGUUUUUUUAGCAGACUUUCACUAAAAAAAAGACAAGCAUCAAAUACUGUUUAUGACGAUUGUGAUAUGAUAGCAGAAGAAUCAAGAACUGAGAUGUCUCAGCUAACUGUAUUAGCAAAUACUGUACAGUAA